UGUUUACCAAUUAAUUAUUCUUUUAUUUACAAGAUUUGUUGAGUAACUGCAUUGACGCACACGAAGCAAACACGGCCAGCAAAUUGCAAGGCCAGCUCUUUUUAAACAAGGGCAUUUUCGUCAAUAUGUACACUAAUACAAUGGCAUUAUGUACUCCCAAGACCAAUGAAAUUAUCUUCUCUUUCUUUCUCUUCCACGUGAUGACAUCACCGGUAUCACACGUAUAUGACCCGAGAUCCGUGUCAACAUCAACUGUCCAGGUGGCGCCAUCCGUCCCCUGCAAAAUCAACAUUGGUCUUUGUUGAUAUCCAAAUACAAUUGGCCCACGUGUGCUCCUUCUCGAACUAUCAGAAAUAGCCUUAAAAAAAAAAUCGAAAAACUGAAAAACAACAAAGCAAGCCCCUCUAAAGCAGUACACAUCGCACGAGGCCAGAUGCAUACGUGCCCCUCUUUUGGCUACAUAACUGGACACUCGUAGGGAACCCAUUGGCUAUGAUGCGGGGCCCAAUCUGAAAUCUUCACAUUGAGCGGGCCCCGCUGGAAACCGCAACACCACGUUACUGAUUUCAGCCAACCCCUUACUGUGCUGUUAAACCCUACUCUUUCACACGUGCCGGAGAUCCACACGCGUCCAUCCCACAGUUCCUAUAAAUGCAGUCCUUCUCUUUGCAACUUUGUAACUGGUGCGUGCCUAUCAUUGUUAAGUGAAAGGAAGGCAAAAAGUAGAAAGAGAUAUCGGAGUAGGUGAGGGGAGGACGGAGAGACAGGGAGUCAGGGUGUUAGAGAGAGGAAAAGUGCAAAAUGGACGGUAGGGGAGGUUGCUGCAUAGCGAGGUACGGUGGGGGUGUAUCUGAUAUGUCGAAAGUUAAUCGGAUAAUGAUGAGAUUCCGGCCGAUUGCCCCCAAACCGGCCAACGUCUGUUCAGCCUCAUGUGGGUUAUCCCCGGAGAUUAGUGAGGUCAGUCCCAGGUCUGGCAGAGGAAAGAGAAGGUUUAGCACCGCAAACGGGAAUAAUAGUAAGAGGUGUAAUAAUGGUAGCAAUACUAAGAAAAGAAAGGGUUUGAGCGAGGAGAAGGUGGAUGCGGUGGUGACUCUGCCUCUCCUACCGGAGACUCCUGACCGUAAGGACACUUCCGAAAGGGAAACACCGGUAGGCUUGUUUUCACCAAAGCAAGCAAAGAGCGUUCCCACCUGGCUUAGUUUCGAUAGCAAUGGGAAGGGUCAUGAUGGGAUGGUGAUAUCCGGAGGUUUUGCCAUGUCAGAUUAUACGGUUGUGAUGCCUCAGGUGAUGAGGGUGGUUAUUGGGUCAUGCGUAACAGUGGAAUGUAUUACGGACGCGUGGGUGGAUGCGGAUGAAUUGGGCUGUACGGACGAGGAGAGAAGGAUGAAUCUGGAGAGGGACACGUGUCCCGGGAUGAUAUCUGAUGGUUUUGGAACGGUUACGUGGACGAACGAGGCGUAUAGGAAGAUGGUAGACGGAGGAGGAGAAGGAAGAGGAGAGGUGGUGGUGUGGCUGGUGAUGAAGGAUAAAGUGCCGGUGACGGCGGCGCUAGGGAGCAAGCGAGCGUUCACGUGCAGGGUGAGGGUGCUAAACCAGAGGACGUGUGGGAAUGGGAAGGAGAGAAGCUCGAUCACUGUACCAUGUGACGUGUGGAGAAUGGAGGGUGGUGGCUUUGCAUGGAGAUUAGACGUGAAGGCUGCUCUCUCUUUGGGUCUGUAAAAAUAAAAAUAAUAAUAAGCGAGAAAAGGCCGAAUUCCCCAGGCCAUCUGUCGAAGCAGGUCAUGGUAGGCUGGGUUUGCUUAUGCAAUAUUUAGCUUAUUAAUCUGAGUAACCUAUCCUUGUGGAUGAUAACGUCAAAAUUGUGAAUAUUAAGCUUUGCUGUUUUUUUACUUUCAACUACUGUUCAUUAACUUUCCCUUCGCUCCCUCCCUCUGUUUAUAUGAAUAUGGGUGUAGGUGUUUGACGUUCAGUGAUAUAGCAUUUGUAAAAAGAUUAUAAAAGCAAGUAGUUGAUUGUAAUGAUACUUAUGAAUCUAAAUGGUUGCUUUUAUUUA